UCGUACUUUAUUUACUCUAUGCGUUCCGGUUCACGAGGUUUCCAAGAUGGCCAAAAAGAAAGAUGCCGAAAAGGCAUCCCACGGUACUGAAAAUAACAAGUCGACGAAGAAUGAAGGCAACGAAGAUGAUGAGCCAUACUUCAGCGAUCCAGAAUGAUAUACGGACCCAAUUUCAUAUGAAGAUAUAAAAAACUGCAUAGCCGCACCGGUGACUAUUGCAAAAUGCAGCAGCAUCUUGGGCGUGCUGCAGCUGCAUCUUGGGCGAGAUGCACCGGCGACCUGGGCGAGAUGCACCGGCGACCUGGGCGAGAUGCACCGGCAACCUGGGCGAGAUGCACCGACUACCUGGGCGAGAUGCGCCGGCGACCUGGGCGAGAUGCGCCGGCGACCUGGGCGAGAUGCACCGGCGACCUGGGUGAGAUGCGUCGGCGACCUGGGCGAGAUGCGUCGGCGACCUGGGCGAGAUGCACCGGCGACCUGGGCGAGAUGCACCGGCGACCUGGGCGAGAUGCACCGGCGACCUGGGCGAGAUGCGCCCACGACCUGGGCGAGAUGCACCGGCGACCUGGGCGAGAUGCACCGGCGACCUGGGCGAGAUGCACCGGCGACCUGGGCGAGAUGCACCGGCAACCUGGGCGAGAUGCGCCGACUACCUGGGCGAGAUGCGCCGGCGACCUGGGCGAGAUGCACCGGCGACCUGGGCGAGAUGCACCGGCAACCUGGGCGAGAUGCACCGGCGACCUGGGCGAGAUGCACCGGCGACCUGGGCGAGAUGCACCGGCGACCUGGGCGAGAUGCACCGGCAACCUGGGCGAGAUGCGCCGACUACCUGGGCGAGAUGCGCCGGCGACCUGGGCGAGAUGCGCCGGCGACCUGGGCGAGAUGCGCCGGCGACCUGGGCGAGAUGCACCGACGACCUGGGCGAGAUGCGCCGGCGACCUGGGCGAGAUGCACCGGCGACCUGGGCGAGAUGCACCGGCGACCUGGGCGAGAUGCACCGGCGACCUGGGCGAGAUGCACCGGCGACCUGGGCGAGAUGCGCCGGCGACCUGGGCGAGAUGCGCCGACUACCUGGGCGAGGUGCGCCGGCGACCUGGGCGAGAUGCGCCGGCGACCUGGCCGAGAUGCGCCCGCGACCUGGGCGAGAUGCACCGGCAUCUUGGGCGAGAUGCACCGGCGACCUGGGAGAGCUGCAGCAGCAGUGGCAUCUUGGGUGAGCUGCAGCUGCAUCUCGGGUGAGCUGGACCGGUGACUCAUGCGAGCUGCUGCGGCUUGGGGCCAACUGCAAGACCUAGAAACUACACGAUCCCAUUCUGCUCUGCUCGCAUUCACUUGCCCUCGGUCACAAUAAGAUAUUAAGCAGAGACUGUAUAGCUGGGCUACUGGUAGAUGAAUCCUUUCAAGAUGUCGAGAAUGUUGAAGAUGCUGAGAGAACACCAUGCGGGAUCAGACCCUCGGAACAGUCUCGAAGAGGAAAGAAAAUAAAUUGUAUGUUAUAAAUAAUGAGGUUUUUAUGGAAAAUACGCUUGUUGGAUUUACAAAUUAUGUCUCACGUAUCAGAAGCACCAAGUAUUGUGUUACUGAUUGUAAAAACUUUUUAUUUUAUUUUAACUUUCAGAAAAAUUUCAAAUAUCCAGAAUGUAUAAUGUGUGUAAUGUCCUCUAUUUUACUUUCACUGAAGGUCAUCUUAAAGCAUGUACAUUAGGCCUGUGCAAAUUAUAGUUUUUUUUAGUUUGAAUCGCAUAUGAAUACAAAAAUUAUUUGUGAAUAUGAAUGAAAAUUAGAAUCCCACAUCUUGUUGCAAUUCAUGAAAAAUUAGACAAAUAAUACCAAAGUAUAAGAUUGGUUAAAAUAAGUCAGCUACAGUAAUUUUAAGGAAAAUUUUUAAAUUAUGAAAUAACAGUUUUUUUUAAUUUUGCAGCUAACCUAACCAACCUUUAAUUUCAGUUUCUAUUGGCCUUAUUUUCCACAACUUGAACUCUACAUAUUGAUCCAGAAAAUUUUAGCUUACCAUAAAAUACUUUGGAAUCCAUCGCAAUCAAUUUUACGAAAAAUGUGAACCUUUUUUCAAAAUGCUGUAUUCACAAAUGAAGUGAUUGAAUGAGCUUAUAGUAACAUAUUUAUACCGUAGUUAUUCACGAGUGUUUGUUGUUAAAGAGUGCCAGAUAAAUUAUAUUUUAUUUCAGCAAUAUAUUAAAAAUCAGCAUUUGCUGAUUUCAUCUGGAAUCUUAAACCAUUAUAAUUUAUUUAUAUAUAUUUUUGAUUCACAAUGUCUGUUUCAUCAUAGGUACAUAUAGUAAGCUUCUACUGUAUCAUAUGGUGUUGGAUCAUUUGUGACUAUCAGUUUGUACGUCAUUGAAACUAUGAGAGUUAAUUAAUUCUUGUAACACCCGUCUGAAUGGAGUGUGUGUGUUUUGUGGUGGUGCAGUCCAUGGUGUGAAUGUUUAUUUUUUCCCACUUCUGGUGCACGUGACAAAAGAAAUAAAAAUAUUAUUUUGUUUUCAAAAUUGAAAUGAUAAAUUUGCAGUGUUUGGAAUUGUUUAUGCAAUUUUUUCUGUUAAUGUUUAGCAAGGCGGUAGCAAAAAAAAAAAAAAAACUUUGAAUACUUGUUGUAUAUUUAAAACGUCACUUAUUGAUCAUGUCUUUGAUUAUGGAGUCCCAUUAAACAUAAAAAAAAGGGUAUUAUCAUCACAUAAAUGACUUAAUCUCAGCAGUGAAUUUUGGUGUGUGACAAUUCAUGAGAUAUGCUAAAUUAAGUAUUCAUAAGCAAACGAAUCUUUAGUAUUUCGAAGUUUUAGAAAUAGAGGUUGAAUCAAAUCAUUUAAUUGUAUUAAAAAAUUCAAAAUUCCGUAUUGUAUCGCAUAAAAAAAAUAUAUUUCUUUGUUAGGUAAAGUUAUUCAUAAAAACAAAACCCAUUUAUGGAAAGUAUGUUUAUUUAAAAAGCACGCCGAACAAUUUAAAUUAAUAAGUCAUGCAACAAAAACCUUUCAUCAACUUCAAAUAUAAAAACAAAAUGUGAAUGCGAGCCUGAACUAUGCAUAACUAUUGUCGUCGUACGCCACGAAAGAGUGCAGGCCAACAAAUGUAGUUAACUCAGAACUCCACAGAGAGCGUGCGUUGCAUGCAAUCGGUGAGAGAUCAGCAUCAAUAUUCGACUGUGUGCGCACUCUAUACGAGAAGCAACAUGAGUGAUGCCAACUAGCGCUGGCUACCUUUUUUUUAUAAGCGGUACACAGCAGCGACGUAAAGGUUGUAACGUUUAAAAACGUCUUUAAAAGAUAAUUUACUUUACACAUCAGACAACUUCACAUUUCCGUUAAUUAAAUAAGUAAGUGGUAAUGUCCAAAUAAAUAUUAUAUUUCUACUUUAAAACAAACUGUUUUAUAUAGAAAAGAUACCUACACAAAGUGCCCGGAAUCUAAUAGCAGGACCAAAAACAUCAUACAACGUUUACGCGAUGUUUUUUUAAUCAAAAUUUUGAUGCCCUAAAAUAUAGUUGUGGCAAUUAUGCGAUAAAACAGGGUAUUACUCUGAAAUAACAAAUAUUUGACACUGCAUACCUCAUGAAUUUGUCAUAUACCAACGUUCGCUGUUAAGGUUAAGUCAUUGUGCGACUUUAAGAUGUUUUAAUGGGACUCGUAACAAAAAAUAUGAACAAUAAUAAGUGGUUUUUUAAACAUGCAACAAGUAUUCAAUUUUUUUCCCACUACUGUCUCACUAAACAUUAACAAUUCAAAACACGACAUACUUGUCAUUUCAAACUUAAAAGUAAAAUAUUAUUUGCUAAUAUCAACACAUGCACAAGAAGUUUGAAAAAAUAAAUAAAUGUCGACAACCAUGGACUACAAGACCAGAAAAAACGCACUCCAUUGCGAUGGCCAGUGAAAGAAGUAAAUUCCAUACAUAGUUACAAUGGCAUAUAAAUUGAUAGUCACAAUUGAUCCAAUACCCUGCGACACAGUAGAAUUGUUAUUCUUGUAUGUACCUAUGACAAAACAGACAAUUCGACUCCAAAAAUAUAUUUGAAAUAAGUAAUGCUUUUGUAUUCCAUGUAAAAUUAGCAGAAACUGUGAUUAACAUACCGCCAAUUUAAAAUAUAACGAAUCUGACUGCAGUUAACUAAGAUUUAAAUACAAACUCAUUUAAUCACCAAUUUAGGAAUACUGUUUUGAAAAAAAAAAAUAAUAAUCCAGUUUGUUGAUAAAUAAAUUGUAUGGUACCUAUUUUGUUUUCUUGAUCAAAAUGUAAGAGUAUCAGGUUCUGGUAAAUAGGAAUUAAAUAAUUGUAGCCCACGUUACACAUUUAACUAGUAUAUCUUGGAAGAAACAGCAUUUGUACUUUUUUUCUAGUUGGAUACUAAACUAUAAAACUUAAUUGCACAAGCCUAUCCAUCAAUGAUGUAUUCUUAUUCUGUGAAAAAAUAAAUAAAUUUUUAUUGAACCUUACCAAAA